AUGACGACCCAGACGCGCAUCCAGCUGAAACUUCAGCGUGACUCUGGCAGCAUUUUCUACCAAGACAAAGAUGACAACCUCGCAUUUCACAUUGAGCCUUUGCGAUCAACAUCACCAAGCCCGUCCUCUGACGAAAAGACACAAUCCGAACAAGACGGAAGAGCCUCCACACCAGACCAUGAGGAGGAGUCAGCUGCGACAAACGACCUUGUCAAGUCCUUUCUGCGUCAGCACCUUUUAAAGAACGGCGAGAGGUCCAGAUGCCUCAUCCCAUUGAUGAAGAAGGACGGCAUGGAGGCCCUUCUCAUCGCAACCGUGGUGCUGCACCUGCGCAAAGACGGCCAGGGGGAGGGGGAUGAUGGCGGUGUGCGUGACGAUGGUGCGGCCAUAAGGGCGCUCCACAAGACUCUUGGGUCGCUGGUCUCGGUGAUGCAGCAGAGGGAAAGUGUGCUGAAGUAUCUGGAGGAGAAUCCCCCUGCCGUGUCCGGAGAUGACGCUGAGGCUGAGGGCGAGGAAGAGUGA